AUGAGUCAAGAAGAAUUCAGUCGCCACCCUUAUGAUAUGAGAACCCUUCAGUCGAAUCUCCAGUACAACUAUGUUGAUCCUCCAAAACCUAAGUCAUCCUCUUCCAAUGGAACUUCACAGUCUUCCCUCCAAGUUGAAGGAUCAAAAUCAGAAUUGCAAGAAAUUGCCCGUCAGUUGAUCAUUCAAGCUUCUCAAAUGGAAGAUGAUGAUGAUGAUGCCAGUCCAAAUUCUCAGUCAUCUACUAGUCAGCCUCAGUUGCCUCCGAACCAAAUGAGCCUUUCCUAA